AUGUUGCGCCUUUCCGCCAUAGUCUACGUAUGCUCUGCACUAAGCCAUGUCCUUUCAACUCCCCUGGUACCCGCGCACCUUCCUAGUGCACCAGGACCAUACCUCCGAAAUGUACAUGCCGCCCCAGUAGCGGAAGGCGCACUACCACGACGAAUGCCGGAAUUCGUGCCGAAUUUCGAGCCGGAACAUGUCCAGGAAUACACAAUACAGAAAGACGGGACGAUCCGACAUCGUCAUCGUAAACUCCUUGGAGAAGAAUCUACGAUACCAGUUCCUCCACCAAGCGUUGCCAUGUACAACGACUAUGAUACUAGAAAGAUGACCCCCGACGAAGAACAGUGGGUCAAACACUUUGCCAAGACUCACAACCAGGGGAGGCCCUAUAGGCUUACCGGAGAGAACCAAUUUACUGAAAUCCCCAAAGAAAACUGCGAUCACGAUUACUUUUGUGGCAGAAUGAGAUUCUACGAUGGAGAGGACAAGCUGUUACACGACACUGGCUGCUGUCAUUGCAACGCAAGUUGCUUGUCUGUAAAGGAAGCCAAUGCUGCAGAAGUUGGGAUAGGCAUUGGUGUAUUCUUUGGGGCUAUCGCUGCGGUGUUUACUGUCAAUCGAUUAUGCAAGCGGCUCCGGGACAAAAUUGAAUCUGGCAUGAAAUCAACUGGGCAGUGUAUCACCGCACGUUAUCGGAAAAACCUCCAAUGCAGCUGGGUAGUGUUUCAGAAAAUCUCAUCUCAAGGAAUCAUACUCGGUAACACAAAUGACCCCGCUUAG